GAGAGCAGGAAAGGAGGUGAAAGGAGACAAUUUUGAAAAAGAAAGUUGUCCGUCGUUGUCAGAUUUCGAACCCGUACCUCUAGACCACGAGAGUGGUACUUUUCUUUCCCUUUCAUAUUGAAUGGGUCAUACCGACAUCUAUGGUAUAGCAGAUGGGCGUUUGAUCGUCGCACACAGAAGAAUCCGGUUCGAUUCCCGUGUGGGUAGAACUUUUGUAGAGUAUCUCGGUCUUUCUGCUGAAUGGUUGUAUCCCUCACAGCUCUGGUUGUGCUAUAUCUUUGACAAAUUUUUACAUGAUAAUAUGGUGUAAAACAGGAUGAGCGAGAACAGUCGAAAGAAACAACAAAACAAAACAAAAAAAGAAAAACAAACAGUAAAAACUCAAUUUUAUUAUUUGAUAGGCCUAGCCGAUGCAGUCUUUCACUUUCGUCCGGCAGCACGGAGAUGCACGACCAAUGAAUGCGUGUGUAAAUCAUCUUCCGUGCGUCGGAGUCUGAGAAUUAAUCAUCCACGUACCUUGCUGGUAUCCAAAACAGCCAAAUUAGCAUGAGAAGUCAUCUUCAGGUUUUGCAAAGUAUAUCUCGUCUAUUAUCAUGAGACGCAGAAAGAAGCAUUGCUCCAUCACAACAGACGAAAGUGGUUGGCUCUUACAUAAAGGGUCCUGGCAGUCUGACUCCAAAAGUAUCUUAAUGACGUCGAUUGGGGCGUAGAACGGUCAUAAUCGCUCCUAUCCCAGAUUGCACCAAGAUAGACAGAGUUGGGAAAAACAGACGACCUGCUCCAAGCUCCAUAGAAUCCCACACACUCAUGUCCACGGAUCGAGAAUGGAGUACACAAGAAAUACAACUCAGCUGCCUUUUCUCCAAGAUGGCGUGUCUUUUCAGCACGGCGAGUGGCUGGGCGGAAUCAAUCGAGGGACUCUCAGAACAGUGCUUGCGAUCGUGUCCAUCGUCUACGCCCCCUUCAUCGUGCUCAGCAGCUCUCUCAUCAUUGCGUCUACAUGCCUGGUAAAGAAGUUCCACACGGCCGAAGAUUACAUCUUCGUCAACCUCGCGGCGGCUGACCUGAUUGUGGCUGUUGUGCAGAUCCCCAUCUCCGUCGUCGCUCUCUUCCCAGGAACAAUGCAUCUGAUUCGAUCUGGAAAGAUAACCUGUAGCAUUUGGCAUUUCUCCAUUUCAAUUGGAUCGUGUUCUUCCUUAACAUUUUUAUUUUUGUUGUGCGUAGAACGUUCCGUUGCCAUUAACAUGCCAUUUAGAUAUUACCAAUUGGUGACGAAGAAAGUACUAAUAGGAGCUAUUAGUUUUUCAUGGAUGCUCAACUGGGGUCGUGGUGCUUUUAGCAUGACUAUCCUUUCUUUCAAUAGCACCAUUUUGCCCCUGGAGCGCAGGUGUGACUUCUAUCUAAAUUUCCCUUUGUGGUACGUCAAAUAUAUUGUCAUGGCAACGGUAACGAUCAAGUUGGUAUUGUCCGCAGUUUUGUGUGUGCAAAUAGUAAUCGUCGCUUUUCGGCAUGCGAGGAACAUAAAUCGUUGUUCGAUCCCCCGCUCUAUUGCGCAACGGAAAAGGGCCAGGAAACAUGCCAUUUCUGUGAAAAUUACAGUAGCACUCAUGUUCCUCUUCAUCCUCUUGUGGUCGCCUCGCAUUGUCGUUUUGGUGUCAGACGUCAUCGGCUAUGAUAAUGAAACUGUCCACAAGUUCAAUUCCAUCGCCUGGCUGAUUCUGCUCACCAACUCGUUCGUGAACGCUCCUGUGUACGCUUUCUGUCGACCUCUCUACAGGGACAUUUACCGACAGUUGCUGGUCACUCCGCCCUCUCGGUGGGGCAAUUUGCACCGUAAGAUGGCAAGCGUCUCGGACGGAGGAACCACGAUUGGAUCAAUAGGCCUGAUGCCAACUAGACUGUCGCCCACAUCCAGCCAACGAAAGGACAGUGAAUGUUCACAUAAACCAGCAUCGCCCACAGUGCAGGUAGACUCACAAGUCCGCUUCGAGUUCGAGCCCAGCAGUAGCUCGGCUUCUUCCAAGAAGAUUUGACCGGGAGUCGUCGACAAGUUUGAAUUGAUUAUGAUGUCGACCGCUCAGUCGAAAGGCUGGGGUUCGUUUCCAAAACUUCAAGCUAUGAUUUUAUGGGGGGAACCCCGGCAUACCUGAUUACUGUGCAGUUGAAAUUCAUAGCUCAUAAACUAGAUUUCCAAAUAUUUCACCAGUUGUUUUCUUCCUCUGUCCCCCCUUUUUUCCCCCUUUUUUUUUUGUUGAGAAAUGUGUUUUUUUUUGUGGCAUUCGCGAGGAUCUACCCCAACCUAUAAUUUAUAUGUUUAAUAAAUACGUUAGGGACAAAAAGGUCUAAUUGGGAUGGAAUAAUAUCUUACUUGAAGAAAAAAGCGUCAAAAUUACAACACAAGAAAAUGAGGGUGAAUGCUUCUUUUAAAAAAGGUGCGAUAAUAUAAAUAUUUUGUAAAAGUUUCUCACAUAAUAUGUAAGCUUACGUGAACAUAACAAGUGUGGUAUCUUCCUAAAGUGUUAAAGCAAUCGGGUUGUGAUAUUAUAAUACUAGACCUCGGGUUCGUUUCAGUGACGGCAUGCGCGUCAGACAUGGCGGCCCUCUUGUCCUCAACUGCUUGGCCAGCGCACUUUAAUUUACAUGAAUGUCAAUUUAAAAUCCGCCCUGCCCCUACAUUUCAGUGCAAGCUUGAGGAUUUUCUUCCAAGACCGUCCAGACGCCUCUGUGUGAGUCUCGAAAAGUUUACUCUUCGUCUGUUGAACUGCACAAGUUCUUGCCCUCAACGCUCUGCGUCCCAGAUAGAGUGGCCCCACGCAGCCCCCUCCAACUCCAACCCCCACCAACCCCACCUCCUUCAUGUCAAAGUGGGUGACUUCAGUGCCCAUGCCACGAGCUCUUGUACCAAAACGUAUUUGAACUAAAGGGCACUAAACUGCAUUGCCCUAGUAUUGAGCUAGUGUUAUCGUGUGUAGCUCAAGGACAUGGUGACCAUCCACAUAAAGCCGUGUCACCAACACAUGCUAGACUUUGUUUGGAAAUUCCAGUUUACUUUAAUCCGUGCAGUUUUGAACCUAUACCAAAGAGGUUUCCAGUACUCUGUAUAACUUCUUUGACCUUUUCUGGAAAGCAGACGCUCAUAUUUCUAAAAAGUGAAUUUGGAGAGCAACGGCUUUGAAAUACUGGAGUAUUAAUUUAUAACACUUCACAGGGAUUGAAACCUAUAAUGGUACGAUCAAAAAUUCGUUGCGCAACUUAUCGUCAAAUAGAACUCUCCAAUUUUGACACAGCGACUUGAUUGUUCUCAACAUAUCAGUAUUUCUGCAAAUACCCGUUUGUAGUUCAUAGACAAUUCCUUAUUAAAUACUGAUUAAAAAUCCUUGUGCGUGGUUUCUAAAGGUUUGAAAAGGUUUACGUAUCAUGAGCUGGGAUAAUCACAUUUAAAAGCAAGGC